AUGGCUAAAAUGCAACAUUUUCCGUACUUCUAUUCUGUUACCGUUACUCCACGAAGAGGCUCCCAGUCUCAGACGCCUGAAUUUUCGUACAAACAAAAUCCAAUUCGAAAAGAGAGAGAAACAUCAAGGUUUUUGUUUGAAAUGGCAAGCUCAGGUCCGAAUGAUGAAGUUGUUUCAUUGGAGCUCCCUGCACCCCCUGGCUGGAAAAAGAUGUUUUUGCCAAAGGUAGGGGGGACACCAAAGAAAAAUGAAAUUACGUUCACUGCCCCUACGGGGGAAGAGAUCAGUAACAGGAAGCAGCUGGAGAAGUACUUGAAAGCACACCCUGGAGGGGCAAAAAUGUCAGAAUUUGAUUGGGGAAGUUUUGAGACCCCGAGAAGGUCUUCAAGAAUCAAUGAGAAAGUGAAGUCAACUCCACCAUUACAAGAGACCGAGCCUAUGAAGAAAAGGGCUAGAAAGUCUUCAGGGUCAAAGAAGGGUAAAAAAGAGAAAGAAGAUGUCCCUGAACCAAUCACUGACAUAGAUGUUGAAUUGAAGGAGGCUGAAAAAGAUAUGAAAGAUGACGAGAAACAAAAGGAAAAUGACAAAAUUGCCCCUGAAGAGGAAAAUGACGAAAUCGACCCUGAAGAAACCAAAGGAAAGGAAAAAAAUGAAGAUGAAACCGAAGAAGAUAGUAAGAAUGGUGAAGAAGGUAAGAGUGUAGAAGAGGUCAAUGAAAUCCCAAAAAUGCCCCUGUUGGAUGAAGCUACGAAUAAGGUCAACGAAGAGAAACGAGCUGAUCAUCAUGCUGCCAUAGCAAACAACGAAGGAGAAGCCGUGAUGCAGAGCAAACAGUAGCAGUUACAGAGGCUGAGGGGCAAAAGGGUAAUUUUGGGGAUGUUUCUGACAAAAAGGUGGAAGAAGAAGAAGGGGAAAUGGGAAUCAAUGGUGGAAAAUGGUGUCAAGCCGCUAGGGCAUUAGGUAAGUAUGUAUUUAUGUAAUAUUGUUAUGUAAGAAGCUAUCUUUGUGUUGUGGUGUUGUCAAGUUGUCAUGGUUUUGGUGGUUUGUUUUGAGCAGGUUUGACUGUAGAGCUCUUUUUUGGUCCUGAUUUAGUUGAAUGAAAAGUUAAUACUUAAU